CAGGUUGGCAAGCGGUUGUUGUUAUUUAAACGACGAAGCCAGAGAAAGGUUUUUGUGUGAAUGGGUUGUCUUGGAUUUACUUCCGGUUUUUUGUCUUGCUGUGGUGGUCACGUGAUCCGGGUACUUACGAAAUUUCUAAAAUUUUCAAGGUAGCGGUGGAAAAAUACUGGAACUGAGCGCAACAAUUCUUAAAUUACGAACAAAUUACUGUCUUAAUGAGAAGCAGCUCAGGAAACUGAAUCGUAAUGCUCAAUUAAAACCACACCUGUUCAUUAAGGUAGACAAAUUAUCGAAUUAGGGUAACUCCAGGGUCAAGCCCGAGAUGUAACACUUGCCCACCCACGGCGCAUGUGCAAGGAGGUGUUCCGUUACCUAGCGGCCAUGUUUCAUAACUUUGUGCAGACGAAAGAAGGUCGUUCUCUUAGAGCCAAUGUUUGCGUCAAAGAGAGGCUCUUGUCCUUUCUUGGACGGGACAGGAACGCCAAGACAGAGGGACAGAAGAAAAGUGGAAGUUCACAGAAAGAGAAAAAAUAUGUCUCGGGAAACACGAAGACAGGAAGUACGUCAUCAUCGAUAGGUCAAAGUUCAACGAAAGAAAAUUUAAAAUUGACAAGACAAGGAACAGAAACUAAACAGAUAUCUAUUGAAUCCUCAAAUGAUACCAAAGUAAGGCCGUCAACUGAAAGUUUAGAAUGUAACACGUCAACUGUACCGUCCAUUGCUUGCCCUACGAGUGAUGAGAUUACUCAACCGUAUACCGCAUCCCCCAAUACACUAACUCAGGUGUCUACUCUACCUGUAUGUGAGGAAACAGCUAUAUUGACAAUUACUGAAUCUUUCGAUGAUGAAACAAUGCACAAAUCCAAAAAACUCCCCGAUGGUACUACCAACUUGUGGCCUUUUACUGAUGCUCUAUAUCAACCGCUUGAAUGUAAUACUGAAGUUUGGCCGUCCAGUGAUAACUCAAUAACCAAUCCUUUGAUUGAGCAACAAUCUUCUUCCCUUACCUGUGAUACUUGGCCGUCUAUAAAUCCUUCUACCACAUUAAAACAACCGUCCAUUGAGAAUUCUAUAAAUAAAUCAGAAGAAACAAUACCGGAAAUAGUUGUGUUUAGCGAAAUAGAACAACACGAAAAACCACAGCAGACGACAGAAGACGUUCUGGAAAUUAUCAUUGAAGAUUGUUCCAUAGAACAACCCCAGACGAGUAUAGAACCACCAGACAUGUCUGCUCUAACAACCCUAAAAAUAACCGCUGACGUCAGCAUCACACCACAUCCGUCAGACUCGCCGGAAAUAGAACAACGGACUUUAUUUUUUCUAGCAUCGGAUGGUACCAUUUCCGUUAUAAACACGGAACUGUCUUCAUUCGAGUCUAAUACAGAGACCCGCCCGCAAGAAACUCCCUUGUCAAGUUCUUACGAAGAGAUGCCUUCAAGCCAUCAGUUCAUUCCAAGCAUCGAGAUUUUCGAAUCUACCUACGUUAAUCAAGCUAUAAACACGGCCACUUCUAAUGUUGUUGAUGAUGACAGAUCUAGCAAGGUCAUAAAGGAAUUAAUAAUUAAACCAGUUGUUCAGGAAACGUUCUCGGAAAUUGAAUCCACAGUUAAUCCCAUGCCUGGAACACUGGAUUCUUCCAGCAGUAGCGGACGUACUUCUGUUGAUCUUAACGCAGAUUGUAACCACAAUUUUAAUACCAGUGGUAUAUGCGUAUCUGGUGAUUCUUCCAAUCUAGAUGAGAUUUCUUCUCCUGAAAAUAUACUUAAAUCUUUCGUCUCGACUAAUACUGAUGCAAUUAUCUCCCCUAAACACAGUUCUAGACUUUCAGAUGAAAUUACAUCCGCCAACUUAUCCCCUUUAGAGUCCCAAAACGUUUGUUCUGCAUCAUUAAUGAAACUAAAAUCCGGUUCCACCUCCACGCUAGUCUCCCCUGAAGAACCAGGAUCUGACAUUCCACAACACCCACCUUACAGCGUCGAUUGCAAGAACUUCUUUCUCUCCAAGACCAGACGAACUGUCUUCAGACAAAUCUCUCAACCCAACAUGACCACCGUGUCGUUCAAUGCGCGGACGUUCAAGAAAACCCCAGCUCUCACACCCGAUGUCAGCGAGUUACGGAGUAGCGUUUUGGAAGUAAAUACAGACUUAGAAAAACUCAAACUCAUAGCAAGAAGACUUCAACUUCCAACUCGACGUGCGAGUUACCUCGCCUGGUUAGAUGAAAAUCCAAGCAGUCACCUCCCUUUACUGUUUAAUUCAGAAACGAGUUCGGUAAAUCAAAUAGAAAGUAGUGAUAGUUUCAACAGGCAGACAGACGAUUUUCUACAGUCUGCGUGUGGGCAGGUGCCUUGUGUUUCAGUUGAGGUGGAGGGGGCUGGAUUUAGGGCUUUUACGCCAGAGAGGAAACAGCGAAUCAACAAGACGUUGGAUAAACUUAAAUUUGAAUUGCAGACGAUGAGGUCCCAGGAUCAAAUCCUGGCCAGACAGUUCCUCAAGCUGUACAAGGAGAUUCACAAAGUUCGUUUGUCAUGGUCUUGUCAGAUGCAUCGUGACCUACUGGACAAAGUUCGCUACGACCUUGAGGAGCUGUACGAGUUCUCGAACGUCCUUGACCUUCCCAAGGCCGCCCUGCUGGACACGCCCCUGAAACAUGUCGGCUUGACCCGCUUGAACAUCGCGUCACGGCGGUUUUCAACAUGUUGAACACUCAAGCUUUUCAACAAGUUAAACACAAAAUUAAGGUUUUCAACAUGUUGAACACUCAAACUUUUCAACAUGUUGAACACUCAAGCUUUUCAACAUGUUGAACACUCAAACUUUUCAACAUGUUGAUAAAAGAUACCCAGGUUUUCAACAUGUUGAACACAACAUCAAGCUUUUCAACAUGUUGAACACUCAAGCUUUUCAACAUGUUGAACACUCAAACUUUUCAACAUGUUGAUAAAAGAUACCCAGGUUUUCAACAUGUUGAACACUACAUCAAGCUUUUCAACAUGUUGAUAAAAGAUACCCAGGUUUUCAACAUAUUGAACACUCAAACUUUUCAACAUGUUGAUAAAAGAUACCCAGCUUUUCAACAUGUUAAACACUCAAGCUUUUCAACAUGUUGAUAAAAGAUACCCAGCUUUUCAACAUGUUAAACACUCAAGCUUUUCAACAUGUUGAACACGCAUGCUUUUCAACAUGUUGAUAAAAGAUACCCAGGUUUUCAACAUGUUGAACACUACAUCAAGCUUUUUAACAUGUUGAUAAAAGAUACCCAGGUUUUCAACAUGUUGAACACUACAUCAAGCUUUUUAACAUGUUGAUAAAAGAUACCCAGGUUUUCAACAUGUUGAACACUCAAGCUUUUCAACAUGUUGAACACUCAAGCUUUUUAACAUGUUGAUAAAAGAUACCCAAGUUUUCAACAUGUUGAACACAAUAUUAAGGUUUUCAACAUGUUGAAAACUCAAACUUUUCAACAUGUUGAUAAAAGAUACCCAGGUUUUCAACAGGUUGAACACUCAUGCUUUUUAACAUGUUGAUAAAAAAUAAACAGGUUUUCAACAUGUUGAACACCCAAGCUUUACAAUAUGUUGAACACAACAUUAAGGUCUUCAACAUGUUGUAUACCACAUCCUUGUUUUCAACAUGUUGAACACUACAUCAGGCUUAUCAACAUGUUGACAAAAAUCAUACUUGUGUUAAAUAUGGUGAACAAACCAUCCAGGUUUUCAACAUGUUAUUAAAUAAUCCUAGUUUAUAACAUCUUGAUUAAAAUAUCCAGGUUUCAAUUUGAUUAACACAACAUCAAGGUUUUCAACAUUUUCAACAUUUAGAGCGAAAUAUCCAGGUUUUCAACAUGUUGAAUACACCAUCAAGCUUUUCAGCCUGUUGAACAUAACAUACUGGUUUUCAACAUGUUGAUAAAGCACCCUGGUUUUCAACAAGUUGACACAACAUCUAGACUUUCAAUUUAUCGAUUAAAACAUGCAGGGUUUUAAUAUGUUGAACAUAACAUCAAGCUUUUUAACAAGUUGAUUAAAACACCUAGGUUUUUCAACAUGUUGAUAAAAAACAUCCUGGUUUUAAACAUGUUGAUUAAACCAUCCAUGUUUUCAACAUACUGAUCAACACACUCAUUUUUCAACAUCUUGAACCUAACACCCAGUUUUCAAAAUGCUCAACUCAACGAUCAGUUGAAUAAGAGAUUAAA